AUGGGUAACCGAGGAAUGGAGGAUUUGAUCCCGCUGGUCAAUAAACUCCAGGACGCUUUCAGCGGCAUCGGUCAGAGCUGCAAUCUUGACCUGCCACAGAUCGCGGUAGUCGGCGGACAGAGCGCUGGCAAGAGCUCGGUGUUGGAGAACUUCGUUGGCAGGGACUUCCUGCCCCGAGGCUCUGGGAUCGUCACCCGCAGGCCCCUUGUCCUGCAGCUCAUCAGUGCCAAUGCAGAAUGGGCAGAGUUCUUACACUGCAAAGGGAAGAAAUUCACUGACUUCGAUGAGGUUCGCCAGGAGAUUGAGGCGGAGACUGACCGCAUUACUGGGGCCAAUAAGGGCAUAUCUCCCAUCCCCAUCAACCUGCGCGUCUACUCCCCACAUGUGCUGAACCUGACAAUGAUUGACCUGCCAGGCAUCACCAAGGUGCCCGUGGGGGACCAGCCAGUGGACAUUGAGCAGCAGAUCAGAGACAUGAUCAUGCAGUUCAUCUGCAGGGAGAGCUGUCUCAUCCUGGCUGUCACCCCGGCCAACUCUGACCUGGCCAACUCAGACGCCCUCAAACUGGCCAAAGACGUUGACCCCCAGGGCCAGCGGACCAUAGGAGUGAUCACCAAGCUGGAUCUGAUGGAUGAGGGAACAGACGCCAGGGAAGUCCUGGAGAACAAGCUGCUGCCCCUAAGGAGAGGUUAUAUUGGAGUGGUGAACCGCAGUCAGAAGGACAUUGAUGGGAAGAAGGACAUCAAGAUGGCUAUGGCUGCUGAGAGGAAGUUCUUCCUCACUCACCCGGCCUACAGACACAUGGCCGAAAAGAUGGGCACCCCGUGCCUACAGAAAGUCCUCAACCAGCAAUUGACCAACCACAUCCGCGAUACGCUGCCGGCGUUCCGUAGCAAGCUGCAGACCCAGCUUCUGUCUCUGGAUAAGGAGGCCGAGGAGUACCGGGGAUACCGUCCUGAUGACCCGGGACGGAAGACCAAGCAACUGCUGCAGAUGGUGCAGCAGUUCUCUGUGGACUUUGAGAAGCGCAUCGAGGGCUCUGGGGACCAGGUGGAUACCGUAGAGCUCUCUGGUGGAGCCAAGAUCAACCGUAUCUUCCACGAGAGAUUCCCCUUCGAACUGGUCAAGAUGGAAUGUGAUGACAAGGAGAUGCGGCGAGAGAUCAGCUACGCCAUCAAGAACAUUCAUGGUAUCAGGACUGGCCUGUUCACUCCAGACAUGGCAUUUGAGGCCAUCGUGAAGAAGCAGAUAGUGAAGAUCAAGGAGCCAUGUAUCAAGUGUGUGGACAUGGUCAUUCAGGAGCUGAUCAACACCGUGCGCCAGUGUACUAACAAGCUGGAUUGCUUCCCCAGACUGCGUGAGGAAACCGAGAGAAUUGUGACCUCACAUAUCAGAGACAGAGAGAGUAGGGCCAAGGACCAGGUGUUGCUGCUGAUCGAUGUCCAGCUCUCGUACAUCAACACUAACCAUGAGGACUUCAUAGGCUUUGCUAAUGCACAGCAGAGCAGCAAGCAGAGCAGCAAGCAGAGUAAUGCUGCAAGCCAGGUCAUCCGUAAGGGCUGGCUAACCAUCAACAACAUCAGCAUCAUUAAAGGUGGGGCCAAGGAGUACUGGUUUGUCCUGACCGCUGAGAGCCUGUCCUGGUUUAAGGAUGAUGAGGAGAAGGAGAAGAAAUACAUGCUCCCUCUUGACAACCUGAAGGUGCGAGACGUGGAGAAAGGCUUUAUGUCCAGCAAGCACGCCUUCGCCAUCUUCAACACCGAGCAGAGGAACGUGUACAAGGACAACCGUUUCCUGGAGCUGGCCUGUGACACUCAGGAUGAGGUGGACAGUUGGAGGGCUUCUCUCCUACGCGCUGGAGUCUACCCCGAAAGAUCUUCUAAUGUGGAGAGUGAGGGGGGCGGCUCCUCGUCCUCAUCCCAGGACAAUUUUUCCAUGGACCCUCAGCUGGAGCGGAAAGUGGAAACCAUCCGCAACCUGGUCGACUCCUACAUGGCCAUCGUCAACAAGUGCAUCCGCGACCUCAUGCCCAAGACCAUUAUGCACCUCAUGAUCAGCAACGUGAAGGACUUCAUCAACGCGGAGCUGCUGGCCCAGCUGUACUCGGCCGGGGACCAGGGUGCCCUGAUGGAUGAGUCCCAGGAGCAGGUCCAGAGGAGGGACGAGGUCCUCAGGACCCACCAGUCCCUGAAGGAGGCCCUGGCCAUCAUAGGAGACAUCUCCACCACCACCAUCUCCACCCCCAUGCCGCCGCCCGUGAACGACUGGCGCAGGCCAUAUCUCCACCCCCACAGGUCUCCUCCAACCAGCCCCACUGGUUCCAGGAGGAUGUCAUCAGGCCAGCGCCCUAGUCCCGGAGGGGGGCGAGGGGCUCCACCCCCUCCUAACCGCCCAGGACCCCUGGGGCCCUUCAACAACAGUGCUGAUAGCCCCCAGGUCCCCAGCCGCCCCAACCGAGCCCCUCCCAGCAUCCCCAGGUGA